AUGAAGCUCCUCAAUCUCAUCAAGGCCGCUAAAAUCUCGCAGGACAUCAUGAAUGACAUGGAGAGCGUCACGAAGAAGUCCGUGGAGAAGGCCAAGAACGCCCAAGCCCAAGCGGAGGCCGUCGAUGGGACUGAGAAUUCCCAAACCUUAACGGAGCUCGUGCUUGAGAUCGAGGGCGUCACAAAGAGGAUCGUGAAGAAGAGCAAGAAGAGCAAGAAGAGCAAAAAGGCCAGAGAUCGAGCGCAGCUCGUGGAAGAACUCCAGAGCACGUACCGCAAAGCCAAGAUCGAUGGCCGCACAAUGAUCAUAUCGUAUUUGCCCGCUGGGUUCCCAAACUUGGACAUGAGCCACAAGAUCAUGCUUGAAAUGCAAGCCGCAGGUAUCGACAUCAUUCAACUCGGGGUUCCAUUUGCCGACUCCGCCCUCGACGACCGGGUCAUUCGAGCAAUCAACGUGUACGCGAUGAAGCAGAGAAUCCCAUUUGAUUUCGACGCGGUGGCAGCUAUCGUUGGACAAGCACGGGGCAAGGGGUUGACCAUCCCAGUGCUUGUCAGGGUUCAUUCCAUAAUGGUGCGGCAGUAUGGAGUGAAGAGGAUUGUGAGCGAUUGCAUCCACCGGAAAGCCCGCAUCAACGGGAUCAUUUGCCCCGACGCGACUUGGGAGCAGGUGAAGCAUCUGAGUAAACUUUGCAGGCGUAAAGGACUCGCAUAUGUGCCUCACAUCAGUGGCGAGCAGCCCGACUCUACCGUGAAGAAGCUGUGCAAGUUGUCCAACGGCCUGGUUUACAUUGCCUCGGGCCCCUGGGUCGCGGGUCGGAAGCAAGAUGUGGAUAGCGAGCUGUUCAAACUCCUCAGUCAGGUUGAGGGCAUAGCCACAUUCGACGGGGUGCGCUUGCUGGAGAUUGGCAAGGUGGAUUUCAGAGGUUGUCUUGAGAUGGACGGGCUGGCUGAAGGUCUCGUUCUUGGGUUCCCCAUCCUCAGAGCUACCAUCUACGCGAUCAGGGACGCGGUGGUUGACUACCACCUUAGCUUCGGCCCUACUAACCUCAGAAUCACUGACGAAGAGCUGAAGAAGUUCGCGAAAAGUCCAUUCGCGCCGUUUCGCCUGAAGAAACUCCGAGAGUUCAUCGAGGAAUUCAUGAAAACUCAGAGAAGAACCGCUUCGAAGAGAAAUCCUUUUCAGCUUGCUGGUUUGUAUGUACUCCUCCAGUCCCCUGAUGUGAUCGGUACAAUAAGCAUUUGGGCCAGCGGCUAA